ACCACAGGUCCUUUCCCUCUACCAGGAGUGUGACUGCAGGAGAAGGUUCCCAGAAUCGUGGAGCUUUUACUGUGAAGAUUACAUCAGAAAUGCUUUGUCUCACUGGCGUCAUCUUCUGGCUUCUGGCCGCCUUUCAGUGUCUACAGGUUUAUGGUGGAAUUCAUAAAAUGACAUCCAAUCCCAAUGUAUUUGAUGACCAGUACAUUGGCUGCUAUGAUAAACUGGAGAAGAACAUCAUGCCUAAGGUGCUUCAUAAGGAGAAGGAAAAUAAGCAGUUUAAGGAAGCGUGGGUCAAUGCAGCUGAGUGGUGGUACUACAUAAAAGAUAAUCUUGAACUUCCGGAAGGGUUUCAGGAUGAGUAUGGAGUAGCUGUACUGACUUUCACCAAAAACUAUCCAGAGGGGAAUCCUAUAGGCCAGCAGAUGAAUGGAAACCUCACCGUGGCAGGAGCCUCACAGAAAGAUUACAUGGAGAAGUUCCACUUCAAAGCCCUUCACUUCUACCUAACGAGAGCUUUGCAAAUGCUAAAACCCAACUGUGAAGAAAGCUACAUAACGUAUAGAGGAAGUGAACACUUCAUCCACAUACAACCAGUUUCUAGAUUUGACAGUUUCACCUCAUCUUCUUUGAAUCCUGAGGAAGCACAAAUGUUUGGCAGUAAAUCUCUCUUUCAGAUAACAACUUGCUUUGGUGCCAAACUUGGUAAAUUGUCAUUUUCUCCAUUAGAUGAAGAAGUUCUGAUUCCUCCAACAGAAAAGUUUGUAUUUGUGACAGAACACGAUUCAUUCUAUAUGCUGAAAAGUACUGGUCAGAUGUGCAGCUACUUCAACUGUGCCUAUCUAGAAGCUGAGAAGCGAAAAGAUCCUAUUUGUCGAUCAGCUACAACUGAACCAAUGGGAGGAACAAAAUAUGGAGAUCAGCUGAAUGUGAUGUCUGCAGCUGAAAUGGAGGAGCGGAUGAAGGUUUUUGAGGAGAAAAUCAAUCAGAAUCAACUAUUCUGGAAGCAUCACCACGCCGAGCUGGGCGCCAUGUUCCAGCAAUUUACUGAAAGUGGGAAUGAAACCAACCUGUACCGUACCCUGAGGCAACUGAGCGAUUUUCUAAAGGCUCUAAAUGACCUGACAGAUUCUAUAUCGAGCGAGGUGAAAGCGGUGGAACAGAACGAGGGGAAGAUUGUUCAUCUCCUCAUCCUACAUGAGGAAGCCUUUAACAUUCUGAGGAAAGAAGUCAAACAUCAGCGAGUCUCUAUCUUCGGCCUUGUCAUCUGGUUUCUAAUAUUUCUUAUCACCGGUGCUACCAUUUUGGUCUAUAAGACCUGCAUGAGGAAUCCUGGAGCUCGAUGGUGACAUCACGUCAGAAGCACUGGUUGUGACAGUAUUAGGUUCAUGGAUGCAACCAACCCCCCACCGGCAUCCAUUUCCUUCCACAGUGUGAGUGAUAUCAUAACCCUGGGGCAACGUCCUGCUGAAAGCUAGUACUGUGUGAAAGGCCCUGGGAGAACACAAGUGAAGGAUGUGGCUGGAGCUCACUGCAGAUCAGAAGGUUCAGCUGCUUCACACUUUCAUAGUUAAUAUGGUUAAAAAAAGACAUUAGUCCUUCAAGUUCAAUCUUUCUUCAAAUAAAUUAAAGUUUUUCUAGGUU